AUUCCAGCCUCAUUUUGUUUCUGUAAAUGGAGCAGCGGGAGCCACUGGAUAACGCGGCAGCCGUAUACGGAACAGCAAUGACAUACACCCAUCUCACUCUCACACCAGAUAAUCCAUCAUGAAUUUCUUCUUAUCUGCUUCCCCAUAUUUCCUUUAAUCCCAAAUGACAAGUUUCAUCAGAUUCUCUUCCUUCAACCUACUACACGACAAUUUCUACACAAAACCCACCCGAUUUAAUCCUCUUCCGCCCCCGAAGGUUGCCUCCUGCCACCGAAAUGGGUUCCGUUUGAGGCUUUGUGGAGGGAAGUUGCCGUUUCUUAGUGGGGGUUGGGGUAACAAUGGGGUUUCGGGAAAAUACGGAGUGUUUAAGGGAAGGAGAGGGCUAAUUGUCGCAAGGUUUGAUCAGGGUUUUGGAUUUAACGGCGGCGGAAGCGGCGGCGGCGGCGGAGACGAUGGUGCAACCGCGAGGCUUCUGGGUAAUAUUGCUUUGGCUGCUGGGUUAACUUACCUUUCAGUAACAGGGCAGCUUGGCUGGAUUUUAGAUGCGAUCGUUUCCAUUUGGCUUGUUGCAGUUCUUGUACCAAUUGUUGGAGUGGCCGCUUUUAUAUGGUGGGCAGGACGAGAUAUUGUUCAAAGCACUUGUCCUAACUGUGGAAAUGAAUUCCAAAUAUUCAAAUCAACUCUGAAUGAAGAACUGCAACUAUGCCCUUUCUGUAGUCAACCUUUCUCUGUGGUGGAUGACAAGUUUGUGAGGGAUUCUGUGAUGUUCUCCAACAAAACUUCUUCCACCUUUGGACAAGCUUUCAGUGACUUUACUUCUCCCAGAAAAGGGAAGGAAACCUCUGGUGCUGUGGUUGACAUAGAAGCUGAAGUAAAAGAUGUGGACUGAAGUAGUCUUACUGGCCAUCUUCAUUCUGGUAUUUGAACAACAAUGAGAUUCUGAUUACGAUUCCAGUGAAGUCGAGAUAAACGCGAUCACGAUGAGAGGAAAAUUUUCAUAGAUUCUGUAUAUUGGUUAUGUCUUAGGGUGGCAACAAGAAAUUUCCAGUUCUGAAAGUAUAGGAGAAUUUGUGAAAUGGAUCCACUGUGUAUAUCCUUAUUUGACACAAAUAUGUUUCAUCUACAGGCUUUUACCUUGUAACUUGUGACUAGAAGAACAUGAAAUCUUUCAAUUUUGUUGCUUCACAUAUUGGAAAAUGAACCUUUCUGGAUUGUUUUAUUUUUA